CCGGCGCGAACGACUUUUCCAGCUCGGUGGGAGGAACCGAGAGCUGCGCCUCCAGAGCCCCGCCCCCGCCAGCCUCAGGCCACGCCUCCCGAGCGCGCUUACUCUGGAUUGCUGGAAAGCCAGCAGAAGAGACGCGAAAGGGUCCUUGCGCCUCUCUGGCCUUUUAAGUUUUUAUCUAUUACGGAUACUUCCUACCUUUUCUUUAAUUAGCGCAAGGUGGUUUACAUUGUAUUCCUCCCCGCAGUUUUAUCCUCAAAGCAACCCUGUGCGGUAGCUUAUGCUGAGAGACGAGGACUGGUUUCAUAACCGAAGAGAUUUGAAUUUGGACUCCUCGGCUGUAGUCAGCACACUAACUGUGCAGGAAGGAAAACAAAGGAGGGCUAAAGGUGGCCCAACUGGUUGCCCACUGCAUGUGUUCUCCAAAGAUGCCUGAUUUCAGCUCUCGGGCAGCAUGGCUGUGGUGUGAGGAAUUAAGAGUCCAAAGCAUCUGGAGGGAAGGUCGUGCUAAGCUGUGGUUUAGUGUUAUGUGCAAGGGUAGCCAGGAUCAACAUACUAAUUGUGAAACUGAAGACUUUGCUAACCUCCUGCUUUUGAAUAGGUUUUCCUAUUAUCUUUGUAAGCUAAGAUUACAAUGAACCAAUUCCAUUUAAGAAAAUGCCUUCAUUCAGAUGGCCUGUUCCAUAUAAAACAUGUAAUAGGCUUAUGCUCUCCUUCAUCUUUCCCUCUUGUGUAUGAAUUUCCCACUGUGAUUUGCUUCAAUCACAGUUUAGCAUUGUCUUGGGGUUAACUACAUUUACCUAUAUCCAGGAUCAUAUCAGCAGUCAUAGAAAGGAAAUCAAUUUCAAAGCAGAGUUUGAUGUUAUAGUUCCAGACAAUCUGGGCUAACUCUUUAAGUGUAGUUGGUGAAAAUUAAAAUGCAAUGUGAAGGCCGAACUCAUGCACACUUAUCUGAGAGUCUCAGUGGGAAAUCAGGGCUGGGAAAUCUGUAUCUGAGAAAUCUAUUUUUGAGUAGCCUGCUUUGUAUUCCCAGUCUCCAAAUCAUGGGCAUAACAUCUGAAAUGGACCAAAACUGCAAUGCACCAAGGGCAAGUGUCCUGAAGAUGGAUGGGAUGAAAGCACUAUUGAACUUUUUCUUCAUGAACUUGCAAUUAUGGAUAGCAAUAAUUUUCUGGGCAAUUGUGGUGUGGGUGAAAGGGAAGGACGAGUUGCAUCAGGGCUAGUAGCCCGCCGGCAUUACAGAUUGAUCCAUGGAAUUGGAAGGUCAGGUGAUAUUUCUGCUGUCCAGCCAAAAGCUGCUGGCUCUAGUCUCUUGAAUAAACUUACUAAUUCAAUUGUCUUGGACAUUAUAAAACUUGCUGGUGUCAGAGCAGCAAAUAGCUGCUUUGUGGUCCCCAUGGCAACUGGCAUGAGUCUAACCUUAUGUUUCUUAACCCUGCGGCACAAGAGACCAAAGGCAAAAUACAUUAUUUGGCCCCGUAUAGACCAGAAGUCCUGCUUCAAGUCAAUGAUUACUGCAGGUUUUGAGCCUGUGGUGAUAGAAAAUGUAUUAGAAGGUGAUGAGCUGCGUACAGACCUCAAGGCAGUGGAAGCUAAAAUCCAGGAUCUUGGGGCUGAUAAUAUUCUCUGUGUUCAUUCUACCACUUCAUGCUUUGCUCCAAGGGUACCUGACAGACUAGAAGAAUUGGCUGAGAUCUGUGCAAAAUAUGACAUUCCCCACAUUGUCAAUAAUGCCUAUGGAGUUCAGUCUUCCAAAUGUAUGCACCUCAUUCAGCAGGGAGCACGUAGAGGCAGAAUAGAUGCCUUUGUGCAAAGUUUGGACAAAAAUUUUAUGGUUCCAGUAGGUGGUGCUAUCAUUGCUGGCUUCAAUGACUCCUUCAUACAGGAGAUCAGCAAAAUGUACCCAGGAAGAGCAUCAGCGUCUCCUUCACUAGAUGUUCUCAUUACAUUGCUGACCUUGGGCACAAAAGGGUAUCAACAACUGCUAAAAGAAAGAAAGGAAAUGUUUUCCUAUCUUUCAAGUGAAGUAAAGAAAUUAGCAGAAGCCUACAAUGAAAGACUGCUGGAUACACCUCACAAUCCUAUCUCCUUAGCAAUGUCACUCAAAGAGCUAGAUGAUCAGACUGGUGCUGCCAUUACCCAACUUGGAUCGAUGCUUUUCACCAGGCAAGUUUCUGGAGCAAGGGUGGUUUCUCCUGGGAGCCUGCAAACAGUGAGUGGCUAUACAUUCAAAGGCUUCAUGUCCCAUUCCAAUGAGUAUCACUGUGCAUACCUCAAUGCUGCUUCAGCUAUUGGAGUGACAAAAGAAGAUGUGGAUGUGUUCUUAAAAAGACUUGAUAAGUGUUUGAAGGCUCUGAGAAAAGGAAAGAAUUAUGAAAAAGAUUCACCAGUAGUGAAUGAAGAAGUUGUUCCUAUUGUGGAAAAGUGCAAUUUAUCUGAAAGAGGCCUCAGCAAUUAGAUUAUGGGAAACCUUUGCUGCUUAUGAUGUGCAAAGCUUUAUCAGGGCUAUAUCAUACAAUGCAGUUAAUGAGCAAACAAAAAUAGAUGUAAAUGAUCUGUGAGACAUGCUUGCCCUGAGACUGAAUGGGAGAUGUGCAAGUGCACAGUUCUGCUAUUGCAUAGCUCUCACUCAUUUUAAUGGAACUUGUGCCAGAGACAUUCCUGCUGGAUUAUACCUAUAACAAGCAUCUCAGAUUUAGGAUAAUUUUAAACUAAAUUUGUGUGUGUAUGGAGUUAAUACAUGCCUUUCAUACUGUGAAGGAUUUCAAUAAAUUACCUUUAAACUAUUGGUGAAUGCCAAGACCUGCUUUUCAGGCUUAAAUUGAGUAAAUGAUACUGUGUGAGUGAGUGAAUGUGUGUGGGAGGGAGGAAGAUGGUGGCAUUCCAACAGGCAAAAAAUCCAGUUUAGAAAUUAUAGCAGCUUGGUAAAGUAAGUAGCACUGCUUGGAUGCUGUCCAAUGUCGGAAGUACUGCAGCUUUGUUGUAUUUUGAUUUUUUUUAAAUCAUUCAUUAUAAACUCAAUUCCCAAAAUAUUAACCUUGUAGCUUUUUCCUGCUAUACAUUCUGCCACAGUUGUAUGUUCAGUUGUAACCUUUGAAGGGAUUUUGUGGAUAGUCAAAAAUUGUAUUAUGUAACGUAACUCCAAAUUUUGGGUGGCGUUGAGUUUUCUCACUUUAUUUUCAUUGUUACUAGCUAGCCUGGUUCAGCUCAGUGUUGUCAUGGCAUACCUGUGUGGUUAUCAUUUUACACAUACCAGUCUCAUGUACAAACAGCGCCCACACCAUUUCAAGUGAACAGGACUUGACUGUUCUGUUUCGUUUCCAAAAUGUUCUGCCUAAUUCACUUGAUAUAUUCAGCAUACGCCAAGUGUGAACCUCCCUGAAAUGAAAGUGAGCAGCACAAGAGCAUAGUACUAGUAUGCUUAUGUGCAACCACCAUUUCAGUGGGGCUUGAGCAGGAGAACUUUCUGAUAGAUUGUGCAGUCUUCUAGUAAUCUGUAUGCUUGCAUUCCCAUACAAGCAAAUUAUUGCUUUAUGACGCACUUACGCAGUUGUAGUGUUCCCACCUUCCUGGAAGGACUAAUGCAGAUGCGAUCUGGGAGGAAAUGGAGUUGAUUUUCCUUGAAUAACCUGCCUGGUAGGAAUAAGAAUAGCUGCAAUGGACUGUCUUACAUUUGAGAGUCUUUGUUCAUUCCAGUUGCUGUGAUUGGGAAUUGAGGUGGCAUUAAGCAGGAAAUGGAGACACAUACUGGCCUCCAAUUGAGCAGCAACACAUGGAACAAACAGGGCUGUAUGUCUCUUUCUGUAGAUCGUGUGAGCUACAGAGCCUGUCCUAACAAAACAAAACAAGUCAUUGUCUUCACUGGCCAGGUUCAGACAUAACAAGCCAUGGUAGAAACCACAGGCCAGCAACCAUGGUCAAGUGUGGUAAGGUUGGUUUCCAUGGAACCACACGGAGGAAUAAUGGUCAGUUCUAUGGUUUCUACCCUUCACCAUGGCUUAUUUUUACAUCUGAGCCCAGAAACCAUGCUUCCAUGUGGUUUCCAUGGAACUUCCAUAGUGUCCAAUGCAAAUAGUGACUGUGGCAGCCACUCCUACCUUUGCUUGCUGCCUUCCAGGUAUGUCUACCAGCUCUGAUUGGCUGCUCCCUGCUUUUUCUACACACUGUCUUUGGAUGUCCACCUGCAGUUUCAGAAUUUUGACAGUAGCAGGGCAUCAUGCUCUGGUACCUCCAGCAGCAGUGACCAUGGGGACGGCCAUGCCUGCCCCUCUUGCCUGGUCACUGCACUGUACUGGAGCAGUACUUGGUUGCCCUCUCUUCAUGCACAGAAGCUCUGGUACCUUCCCAGGAAAGUUGCUGGAAAACUCUCCCAGUCAGAUGCCCACAUGCACUGUCUUGGGAAAGUGAGUCUGGCAGGACAGAUUCCCUCUGUCCCUAGCAUGGAUGCCCACGUUGAUGCCCCCAGUGUGCCAGGCUGAAGAGUGAGGCAGCCCCUGGCAGCAUGUGCAAAUCUUGCACACGGGAGUGUGGGCACAUGUGCAGCAAGGGAGGGCAGGAGCGGUGGGUGUGCUUCUCUGUUGGUGAGAGCAGGGCAGCAACAAGGAGUGCUACUCUAUUGGAGAACAACAGUGCUACUCUAGUGAGUGAGUGGUUGCUUUUCUGAGUUGACUGAGGUCAUGCCCAGGGACCUGUGUGGGCCAGUGAGGGAGAAAAAGGCAAUGCAGGCAGGAGCAGUGCCUGCUGGGAUUGAUUUCCAGCUAUGGGGGCUGAUGAUAAUGCAGGCACUAUGUGAACUCAAAUUUGAAACAUUUCAGUACCAGUAUCGCUUCAUGAGAUGUGUCUAUCUUUGGCCUCUUGUUAAAGUCAAACAUUUUUCAAACAUUGUAUUUUUUCCUUUUCCAACAUAAGAGAUUUUUACCCAAUACCCUCAAUUUUGUGUGUUUACAUGCAAAUUAGAGAUAUUCAAGUAGACUAGGCAACCCAUUCAGGGGUCCACUGUCAGUUUUGUUUCUUUUAUCAUGCAGGGAACCACCUUUUAAUGAAAGACUACAGGCAGAGUUAACUACAAACCCGAGAUUAUUGACUACUUUAAGGACUCAGUUUCAGGAAUAGGUUCAUCAGUGGGAAUGUAAAUGGUUUCAGUGAAGGAAUUUCAGUUAAUAGUGCAUUGGAUCCCUUAAUGUGGCAGUGACUUCUAAUAUGGUAAUUAAGUCUGUUGCUGCAAUCCAGACUUAACUAGUGUUCUCCCCACUUCUGAGUAGACAUUGGUAUGGUAACAUUUCAUAUCAAAUUUGCAUAUUAGCCCUACAACAUCUGUACAGGUAGAAAUGGUAGCCAUAUUGUAAGGUAUACCUUUACCUGUUUGCCUGUUCUUUUGUGAUGAUUUUAAAUUACAGCUACUGCUUUCUGUUCCUUGGUUGAUUGAUGUAAUACAGCCAAGAUAUUCUGUGACUGAUAGCUAAAUGAAACAGUUCUAUCCAUGGUAGCAGAGUUGUUAUCAUGUUAGUUAGUGGAACGUUUGUGUAUCUUGUUUUGGUGAGCAAAAGACCUCUUCAUCACAAUCUGUGUGCAUCUGUCUGUUGCAGACUAGCGUUUUUGUUAUGUGGGAUGUUAUGGCUCACCCCACUACAGUAUGUUAUUUACUAUCAUCUUUCACUCACAUACCAUCUUUAGAUGAGCACUGAAGUGAAGCAUCAAGCUGUUAAGAAAGCAUAGCCACAAACUGAGAAGUUUUGCCAAUUGGGAAUAAACCACUUCAACACUCAGUACAAGGUCAUUAUCAGUGCCUAAGAAUUUUUGAACGCUUUAAUUACUUUAACAUGAAUAAUCAGGUUGGAUUUGUAAUAAAUUUCAUUAGACCUACAGUAACUAGUAUCAAUUGUUCUCAGGUAAAUUUAAGUGGGCAUGUGAUCCUAUUUGAAUCAAUUAAACUUAACUUUUGAGAUUU